CGUAUCCAUUUGGACAUUAGAGUUGGAGAACAUUUUUUGGAUGAAUCUGUUGUUCAAGCCAAAGACAAAGUGAAUGAAGUUAACUUUAGACUAGAACAUCUAAUUGAGCAAAUUCAUCACAUAUCCAAAGAACAAAACUAUGAAAGAGAGCGUGAAGAAAAAUUUCGGAAGACAAGUGAAGAAACCAACAGCAAUAUUUUGUGGUGGGCUAUUGUACAAACACUAAUCCUGGUCUCCAUUGGAAUCUGGCAAAUGAAAUCUCUCAGAGAUUUCUUUAUAUCGAAGAAGCUUGUUUAAAUAUUAUAAAG